GAAACGCUUUGGAGAGAGCAAUUGGGAUAAAUAGACGAAUCUAAGUUAGGUACGCUGUGAAAAAAGAAGUCGUGGUCUCGAACUUAAUGGUAUUGAUAAGAUUAAAAUGGCCAGGAAACUGCGCUCCUACGCAAUCCUGGUAAGCUUCACGGCAGUCUUCGCAAAAGACCCUGAGCCUGAACUGCCACCAUGUCCGACCAACUUCCAAUUCCUCCCUCAAACUCUGCCAAUGCACUGCAAGAUGACCAGCCAGCCUUUCCAAUCACCACCCUUGCCUCCUCAGUUUCCUCCUUUCAUGUCUGGCCCACCAGCAAAUCCAGGGAAUCCUGUCCCUAACCCAGAAAAACCUCUGUCUGCUCCCUUCCCUCCACCAAUGCCUAUGGGAAUGCCUCCAAUGCCCAUGGGAAUGAGCCCACCGCUACCCAUGGGUCCCAUGCCUAUGGGUUUACCUGGAAUGCCCAUGGGCAUGCCAAUGCUCGGUGGUCCUCCACAAGCCAAACUUCCAGUCAUUGUCAUGCCUUUCUACUCUCCUGAUCCAGCUUAUAAGGAUCCUAGAAAAGAUCCAAGAAAGCCUUCUGAACCCUACAAGAAGAAAGUCAAGAUUAUCAAGAAAUCACGUCAUCACCAUAACUCUGAUGACUCAAGCUGGGAAACUGAUUCAAGCGAAAGUUCUGACACUGACUCGAGUGACUAUGACAGGAAACGUUGGAAUUGGAAGAACCGCAGGUCUAUGAGGAGACAUAAGAAAAUUAGGCAUGCUAGAAAACAGGAGUACCUAACACCUGUCUUGCAAUAUGUUAGCAAAGAUGGAUUUGUUGUAUUUGAGAAAUCUAUUUCAAAAGGUGAAGCAAAGGAUUGGUUAGGUGAUAAUAAAGGACCUAAUGAAGAAACAGGUAACGUAGAUAUAGCACAAAAGACAAACAAUAAAUAUGGUAGAGUUGAAGAUGAGACGAGGCCAAAUAAAAAUGUUAAUACUAGAGACUUGUCAGAGGCAAAUCAUAAAGAAGUGAAUAAAAAUAUUCAAAGACUGCAAAGAAAAGCUCGUCAAAAAGAAAUACAACAAGCCAUAAAACAUAAACAGGAACAGUAA